AUGUCAGAUUCAGUUACAAUCCGUACACGCAAGUUUCUAACAAAUAGACUUCUCUGCAGAAAGCAGAUGAUAGUAGAUAUAUUACAUCCAAGUCGGCCUAAUUUGAGUAGAAAUGAUCUGAGAGAACGCCUAGCUAUUAUGUAUAAAGUACACAAAGAUACUGUGCAAGUUUUUGGGCUACGAACGCAAUUUGGCGGAGGUAAAUCUACAGGAUUUGCUUUGAUCUAUGACAGCGUCGAAAUGAUGCGUAAAUUUGAGCCAAAAUACCGGCUGAUCCGCAUUGGACUUGAAGAAAAAACAGAAAGAUCAUCACGUCAACAGCGUAAGCAACGGAAGAAUCGCAGCAAGAAAUUCAGAGGAACAGCAAAAAAAGCAGCAAUAACUGCUACUACCAAAAAAUAA